AGAGAUUUAACUUUUUGAGGUUGUAUGCUUGAAUUAUCUGGAGAAACUGAAGGAAGAUGAUUUCUCUCUAGAGCUGUAAGAACUUUCAUGUUCCAAAUGUCUGUUGCUGUCUUAUUUUUUGAAUUUUUUGUUUCUUUCUUGCAGUAACUUAUGUGUCUCUUCUUCUUUUUUAAAUGUAUAAGGUAAUAACUUUUGAUAAUGUCACGGAAAGAGUUACUCGGCAUCUUGGUUUGGAUGACCCAACCAAAAUCAAACUUACUCUUCACCGCUGUUGCUCGCAGCAACCCAUAGCUCCAGCCAUUAAGUACCAUGGUUUUGACCACUUGUCUGAGAUGUUGAUUCACCACAAUCAGAAAUCUGAUAUUUUGUAUUUCGAAGUCUUGGACAUCCCUCCACCACUGUUAGAAGGUUUAAAAACUCUGAAUGUUUCUUUUCAUCAUGAAAAAAAAGAUACUGUCAUUCACCGAAUUAGUCUUCCAAGCAAAAGUACAGUAAGCAGACGUUCGUAUUCCUUAGGUUUUUUGAUCAACAAUGAUCCGUUUAUUGUUGGAUUAUCUUCUAAAAUAUUGUGCAAUCUUGUGAAGUCCAACAUCUGACCUUAUUCGUCUAUUUUCUCCAAUUUUCAUUCUUACAGAUUCUAGAGGAGGAGAAGAACUUGGGUACUCGGGAUUGCUUGGUUUAUGUUUAUCACUUCACAGAAGAUGCAUCUGAGAUCCAAAAGUGUUCGGUAGUAAAGACUUUAGUCCCAAUGUCACUACGAAAACCUGCCAUAUCUUGAUAUAUGAAAACUUAGCUGCAAAGUCUAACCAUAUUCUAGAUCUUAACUGAGCUGCUAAUAACAGACUCAA